GGCCAUACAAAAUCGCAGUCGUCUCAUUUUAGAUCUCAGAUGCCAUCAAAAGAAAAAAAAAAAUCCUAAUAAUCGCAUUUGAGGUACUUUUAUAGAUAAGAAAGAUAAUGGAAGCACGCACAGCAAUUGUAGAAAGAAAAACAAAUGAGACAGACAUCAAGGUUUCCAUUAACCUUGACGACAAAAUGAACCAAGAGAUCAAAAUUGACACUGGCAUUGGAUUCCUCGAUCACAUGUACCACGCCCUAGCAAAGCAUGGUGGAUGGUCAUUAGAACUUCACUGUAAGGGCGAUCUUUACAUCGAUGAUCAUCAUACUGCAGAGGACACAGGUAUCGCCUUAGGUAUGGCCUUCAAGCAAGCACUUGGUACGCCCAAGGGCAUUCAGCGCUUUGGCAACGCUUACUGUCCUUUAGACGAGGCACUCUCUCGCGCUGUUGUCGAUAUCUCUGGACGUCCUUUUGCUGAUAUCAAUUUGGACCUGAAGCGUGAAAAGAUUGGCGAGCUAUCUACCGAGAUGAUUCCUCACGUUUUGCAAUCCUUUGCUGGCGCAGCAGGUAUUACGCUUCAUGUAGACGUGUUGAAAGGACAAAACGAUCAUCACAAGGCUGAAUCUGCAUUCAAAGCAUUGGCUGUUGCCAUAAGACAAGCUGCUAGUAGAACAGGCACAGAUGAUGUUCCUUCAACAAAAGGUGUAUUAUAAAACAUUAAAAUAUCCUUCAACUCGGGUGACAAAGAGUUUCACUCGUCUAAACUCCGUGAGCCGAGUAAAAAGAAUAUAAAGUCUCUUGGGCUUAGUUUUCCUACGGAUCUGAUUUAACAAUUUAUUUUUUUAAGCAGCGCAUAUAAAGGAGGAGACACAGAUCCUCGGUUUCUUGAUCUCACAUAAUAUAAGAGGCUUUGUUUCAUAUGAGGCUAAUUAAGCUUACUGUUAUUUAUGCUUUUGGGGAGAGAAAAAAGAUCAUGUCGUGUCUUCCCCCUUUUUUUUAUUUACUUGUUAAGACAUGUUUCUGUU